CACAAAGCUGCCCCAGCAGCAGGCGCCUUGCUUGUCACCGGAGCUGCUAAAUUUGGGAGCUUGUGUCCCACAGGCAUCUCAGGUUCCCAGUCACAUGGGGGGCCGUAUUUAACUCGCGCUCCCAGCCGGGUGACCAGACCCCCGGAGAGAGCUGGCUGGCUCGCGGGCACUUCUGCUACCCUGCCACCGCAGCGCCCACCAUGUUUCUUGUUCUCCUAGCCACCGAGGAGCUGAAGGAGUUCUUUGCAAAGGCCCGGGCUGGCGCCAUCCGACUCAUCAAAGUGGUCAUUGAAGACGAGCAGCUUGUGCUGGGCGCCUCGCGGGAGCUGGCGGGCAGCUGGGACCAGGACUAUGACCGGGCCGUGCUGCCCCUGCUGGAGCCACAGGAGCCGUGCUACCUGCUCUACCGCCUGGACUCCCGCAAUGCCCAGGGCUUCGAGUGGCUCUUCCUCGCCUGGUCGCCGGACAGCUCCCCCGUACGACUGAAGAUGCUGUAUGCAGCCACACGGGCGACCGUGAAGAAGGAGUUUGGGGGCAGCCACAUCAAGGAUGAGCUCUUUGGGACUGUGAAGGACGACCUCUCCUUCGCUGGGUACCAGAAGCACCUGUCCUCCUGUGCAGCGCCCGCGCCGCUGACCUCGGCCGAGAGAGAGCUCCAGCAGAUUCGCAUCAACGAGGUGAAGACGGAGAUCAGCGUGGAGAGCAAGCACCAGACGCUGCAGGGCCUCGCCUUCCCCCUGCAGCCCGAGGCCCAGCGGGCGCUGCAGCAGCUUAGGCAGAAGACGAUCAACUACAUUCAGCUGAAGCUGGACCAGGAGCGGGAGACGGUCGAGCUGGUGCACACAGAGCCCACCGAGGUGGCCCAGCUGCCCUCGCGGGUGCCCCGGGACUCCGCUCGCUACCACUUUUUCCUCUACAAGCACACCCAUGAGGGGGACCAACUGGAGUCUGUGGUGUUCAUCUACUCCAUGCCGGGCUACAAGUGCAGCAUCAGGGAGCGCAUGCUCUACUCCAGCUGCAAGAGCCGCCUGCUGGACUCUGCCGAGCAGGACUUCCAUCUGGACAUCACCAAGAAGAUCGAGAUCGGCGACGGGGCGGAGCUGACCGCCGACUUCCUCUACGACGAGGUCCACCCCAAGCAGCAGGCCUCCAGGCAGGCCUUCGCCAAGCCCAAGGGCCCGGGCGGCAAGCGGGGCCACAAGCGCCUCGUCCGGGGCCCCGGCGAGAACGGAGAGGACAACUAGGGCGCUGGCGCCUGCCCGCCGGCGUGUGGACCGGCCGCCCACCCCACUGCGCCUGCAGCCGGGCUGGGGGGAUGGCUUCUUGGUGGCUGAACACCCCCUGCAGCUUAUGGGGGCCCCUGGGCUGGCAUCUGUGACCCUCGCCCCGUUGGCCCUGUCUCCCAACCUUGUGCCUAGGGGUCCAGGGCCCUUCCCCACUGCUCAGGAGGGCUGGCUGGGGGGCACCUCGCAUGACCCCGACCCCCCAGGGGGGACCGAGACUAGCCUCUGGCCACGAGAGGAUGGAUGGGAGAACGCUGUAUUUUCUAAAGAAUAAAAUAUUUUUAAAUCAA